AGACGACGCACGAUCGGGAUGCUACAAACAAAAGACGUCGCUGACUCUGGUUUACUUACACAUUCCUUCUGGGCGUUUGUUCUUGUUCAAUUACGGGCCAUGACAGUCCUUAUUGUUGUCAUACUUACCUACCAAUGUUAGCAUAUGCGUGAUUGUCAUACUUAUUUAUCA